AUGACGGGGACUACUCCCCAGGACUACUCCUCAGUCUACCAGGACUACUCCCCAGGACUACUCCCCAGGACUACUCCCCAGGACUACUCCCCAGGACUACUCCUCAGUCUACCAGGACUACUCCCCAGGACUACUCCCCAGGACUACUCCUCCGUCUACCAGGACUACUCCUCCGUCUACCAGGACUACUCCCCAGGACUACUCCCCAGGACUACUCCCCAGGACUACUCCCCAGGACUACUCCUCCGUCUACCAGGACUACUCCCCAGGACUACUCCUCCGUCUACCAGGACUACUCCUCAGGCUACCAGGACUACUCCCCAGGACUACUCCCCAGGACUACUCCCCAGGACUACUCCCCAGGACUACUCCUCCGUCUACCAGGACUACUCCCCAGGACUACUCCCCAGGACUACUCCCCAGGACUACUCCCCAGUCUACCAGGACUACUCCCCAGGACUACUCCCCAGUCUACCAGGACUACUCCCCAGGACUACUCCUCCGUCUACCAGGACUACUCCCCAGGACUACUCCCCAGGACUACUCCUCAGUCUACCAGGACUACUCCCCAGGACUACUCCCCAGGACUACUCCCCAGGACUACACCUCCUUCUACCAGGACUACUCCCCAGGACUACUCCCCAGGACUACUCCUCAGUCUACCAGGACUACUCCCCAGGACUACUCCCCAGUCUACCAGGACAACUCCCCAGGAAAACUCCCCAGGCCUACUCACCACGGCCCUUUCUGGGGAUAAUCCCUACUAAGACCUGGGAGGCUGAAGCUGCAAGAGCCCCUUUCUUUAAUUCCUCCUCCCAUCCUGCAGCGGGUUUCUCAUAG